GCUAUCCCAGGGACCCUAUAUGUUGUAUUUGAAGAAAAUGCUGCAGUUAGUGAGAAUGAUAGGUUUACCGAAAGAUUUGAUUUCGAAUUGGCUUCUAAUCUGCCUUUAAGUAAAUUGUUUAAGGCUUAUCUAUCGGUAACACUGGCGUGACGGGCCGUGUAACCACUGGAAUGUCGCGAUUUUUCGCAAAAUUAGGGUUGACCGGGACGUCUUGCGGGCUACUUAAAAUCGUUUGCCCAGAGAUUUCAGUUUCGAUUUUCCAAUAGAUUGGGCCCUAGUUAAGCAGCAGAAAGUCAAUUUGCGACAUUCUAGUGCAUUGUAAAAAUUUGCAUUAUUUUAACCCUAUAAUUUUGAACGGUAGAAAUUGUCAAUAGGGGCCUAUUUUUAACAAUACCUUUUGGGCCACAAAUGUAUUACAGCUUUCACAAAUUUAUCACUUUACAAGAAAGAAAGGGUCAUAAAAACUAUUCGUGUUCUUCAAAGGCUGCCAAAUCGUUGUGGUUUGACGUACGAGUCAAUGGAAUUUGUGUAAAAUUUUGCUUCACCGGAAGUGGAUUUUGAGCUAUGAACGGGCAAAAUGCGUUUUCUCGAAUUUUAACAAAAGAACACGUUAUUUGGGAAAACUAACUACAGCAUGUUUCAUUACUCAUUAAGUGUUAUCAAUGAGCCAAAAAUGAGCGAAAUCAAAUUUUGAACUUGUGCUGACCGUGGGUCGAUAUUAAUGGAAAGCCGCUCUUAAAAACACAAGUGGAUCCUUGAUAUGAAAGUUUGUCCAUUUUCUUAAAAACAUUGGCCGUGCCGAUUGUAACAUUCCAUGCUGGAAUUCAAUAUCAGUGAAAUUCAAUGGUAAUUGGCCCUUUGCAGCUCGACAUUCACUGAAAGAAGACAAACAAACCAAAAAUUACCAUUUUAAAUUAGGCUGCCGACCAUUUAACUCUUGAGUCGGGGGGGCGGGGGGGAGAGGGGAGUGGGUGAUUUUGAAAAAAAAUUGCAUGCAGCACAAUGUAAUAGAAAACUUAUGGGAAAAAAAGGGAAAAAAAAUAUCCUGCCCACCAGAUUGCUGGAAAAAAAAAAUUCGUGAUGACCAGAAAUCACUCCCCGGUCGGCCUUUUAUGUCAGCUCAUUGUUUGUCUUGUCCCAGUGGGUUCCUUACUCUCCAUCAUGGCGGUUUUGUAACACGUGAAUGACUAUCCUCAAAGUGCCUAUUCAAUUUCAGUUGAAUUUCGAUUCAAUGGUUGUCUUUACACUAGGCUGUUAAGUACUUAAUUACUUAGCCAAAAAUGCUUGUGUGAAGACCUAAGUAAAAUCUCAAGUAACUUUACUUUUCAUCUCAUUAAAGUGGGAAAGUUGAAAAGAUUCAAGAAAGUUUCAAGUCACUUGAAAACCAUCCUUAAAACCGACUUAGCGAACUUGCGGUUUCUAAGCCUUGAGAAAGGCGAAGCAUGUCAGUCAAUCUUAACUAUGUUGCGUGGGAAAAUAGGCUCAAGGAAACCUGAAGCAAAAAAAUAGGUUGUGUGGGAAGCUUUCUUUUACUUGAAGAAUUUCAAAUUUACUUGUCUUGAAAUAUUUCUUAGGUUAUUUAGACUCUAGUGUAAAGACAACCAAUAUUAUGGGAAUUCACACUUUGAACUUGAUGUACGGGAAUAAAACAAAAGAAAACAUCUUAAAGCUUGGGGGUGAAAAACUGAUACGAUUCUUAAUUAAUUCUUCAAUCAUGAUAGCGUCAAAAUCAAAGAGCUGUUAUGUCCUCUCCCUCAUUUAGUGUUCAUUCAGGAUCGGUUCAUUGAAUUUAAAUUGAUUAGAAAUUUUAUACUACCACAUGAGAAAUUUCUCCAAUUUGAUUGGCUUAGAACAGUGGUAUUUCCGCUUAAUUGGAAAUACCUACAUUUGAAAAUUACAGACUGUUUGUGGGUAGUGGUAUAAACAAAUAAUUGUAUGAUUUGUAGUGAUAUUUGGCAUAAAUACCACUCAUGAUAUUUCAAAAUUGUCUCAAAUUUCACUCGCCUAACGGCUCGUGAAAUUACGUAUAACAAUUUCGAAAUAUCACUCGUGGUAUUUAUGCCAAAUAUCGCGACAAAUCAUGCUAUUACCUAUACAAAUUUCUAUUGAAUUAAUGCAAAUUUCAAGAAUCAGUAUUUAAGCAUUGUCUUUUACUUCUCUUGGAACCACUACAAUNGGCUCUUCCUCUUUCUCCUCAGGCAGAAUUGUUGUUUUUUUAAAAAACAGAUAAAAUAAGCUCUCUAAUUUUUUUAUUUGUAUACAAUAUUUUUCCCCUUUUUUUUUUUCCUUUUUUGGGGAAGUUUUUUUUUUUUUUUUAUAAACCCCCCCCGCCCAACUUUAGAGCGCGGGGGGGGGGGGGGGGGGGGGGGGACUGCGCAUAUGAAAGAGGUGGGGAUGCUCGUCGUCUCGCUUAGGAGUGUAAAUUUCGGAUUUUGGUCUCACGUAGGGUGUUCUGGGCAAAACGCCAUCAUAUUUAGCCGUGAGGGUCUCUUUUAGGGUUGCACGUGAAAAAAUAUAAAAAAAAUAUUUAAAUUGUCUAUCUGUGUUUUAACAUGGUCUCUUUCACGGGUCAAAAAAAGCUUGGGCCACGUCCAGAUCGGUCUCCUUUAGAGGUUCAAUUCAAAAUUUCCGACGAGCAUCCCCACCCCUUUUAUAUGCGGAGUCCCCCCCGGGAUUAUAGACUCUUCCACGGUUGUUUUAACUUUUGACUGGGAACAGUCAGUGAAAAUUCGUCGACAUGACUGAAAAGAACGCCUUUAAAUCAGUAAAAGUUGCUAAGUUUGAAAGUGAUUCGUUGAAAGCUAACGACUACUGGGGAGCUUUGCAAAUUCACCGAACCAUGCAGACGUUUACAUGGUUAGAGGCGAGUUGGUGACUGCAACAUACUAAUGUUUGUAAAAUUUCGCUGGACGUUGUGGAGUAAUACCUUCGCUUACUUUGGACUUUUCACCUUAAAACUUGGUAGGUUUCCUCAUUUUAAGGCGCUAUUUCCAGCAAUUGAUGGAUACUCGCCUUGACUGGUCUUUAAAAUACCGUUAUCGGAGAAAGGGGCUAUAUUUAUAGUAAAUUCUUAAAUAACUAUACAGUCUUCCUCACGUUGAAAAUCAUUUAAGAUACCGCUAACACAGAAAAAAAAUGAGAAGAGUGCGUUAGAUCGAGUUUAUAAACGUGUUUUUUGUUUAAUUUUGUGCCGCUUUCUCUUGCACAGGAACAAGAACCCUUUUAUCCGCUCUUGGCCUGCGGUAACUGCGGGAAACCAGCUCAUACUUAUUUGCAUCUUAAUUAAAAAUAACCAAAAAAUAACAAUACAGCACAUUUGUUAUACGCCGUAUUCUUUUGAGCACUGAAUUAAUUUUCCGCAAUCUCGCAUCUCUCUCUCUCUCUAUGUUUCGUUUCCUUUGUUGUAUAUGUCAUGCUAUAAGUAAACUUGCGUCAUCAUUGUUUUUCCUUAUUUUUUUUCUGUUUUAGUAUCCAACAAACCCAUCUGCUCAUAUCGAAGCUGCCGAUGAGGAUGAGUUUCGCUAUCAACCCAAAACAGGUACUUCAAGUUCCUUGCUCCCAUAUUUGCAUUUAAUUUAUUUUGUUGAGCCAGAACUUUGAAAGAAACUAAAAUACACCUACAAAGUUAACGAUUUUUUAAAACACGUCAAUAGGGAAAAAUUCUUUGAGAAAAAGUAUAAAAUGAACGAUUACUUCUACUGUAUCGUUGUAGGGUAACAAUUUGUCAUGCAAUCUCAUUAUUAAUCUCAGAAAAUCGUGCUAGGAUAUCGUGGGGUAUUCGGUAGGGUUCAACCUCAAGCCCUGGGGACGAGGUUGGGUAGGUAGGGAUAAAAGUAAAGUUUUGAAAACUCUUGGAGAGUGAUCACCUAUAUAUGAUCUCUUAAAUCACAUACGCCUGUUUAUACCUUGCUUCAUAGUGAUCAAGGACUGGUCUGUCAACGCUCCCUACAGCUACCUUGGAUGCGGCAUGAAGUAUCAAGACGGAAAAUUGACGGUGCCUACCCCCGGACGGUACUAUAUCUACGCUCAACUUUACUUCCGCAACAAUGGACGAGUCUUUAUCAGAGUUAACUACAAAGUCGUGACGAUGGUUCAACCACCCGUAAAUGAUAAAGACUUCCAUGGUACCGUGCACGCUGGUGGGGUUUUCAACCUGAACGCUAAUGACGUCAUCACGUUGACUGCUCACUGUUAUCCUGAUGAAAAAGGACCUAUAAUUUACAUGGCUCCCAGACACAGUUACUUUGGCGCAUUUUUGAUUUAA